AUGGCCAACUUUGACAUCCUCCACGCAAAAGCAGUCGCCGUCAUUACUGGUGCCGCAUCUGGUAUCGGCCUGGCAUCUGCCCUGUAUUACGCCAAGAUAGGCCUGUCUAUCGUCCUCGCCGACUAUGACCAAGCUACCCUCGAUCAGGCCGUCGAGAAGGUAAAGGGCAUCGAAGGCGUCGGGACCGUCCUGGGCUUCAAGGUCGACGUGACCAGCAUCAAAGACAUCAUCUCUUUACGCGAUAGCGUCCUCGAAGAGUUUGGCGAAGUGCAUAUUCUGAUGGCCAAUGCUGGCACUUCCGCACCCACUCCCGCCUUCUCCCUCCAUACGCCUCUUGAGGAGCUGCAGCAAGAUUGGGAUAAGGUGUUGAGCACAAACCUUAAGGGCGUGCUCAAUACUUGCCAAGCAUUUGCGCCGUUCAUGGCCAAGGCGGAGAAUGCGAGUGUGAUCUUGGUGACCGGUAGUAAACAGGGUAUCACUGCGCCUCCUGGCCGGGCUGGGUACAACGUUUCCAAGGCGGCUGUCAAAACCUACACGGAGCAACUUGCGCACGAACUCCGCGCCGAAGAUUCUCCCUGUUCAGCCCACCUCUUCAUCCCCGGCUGGACCUUCACCCCUCUAGCCGGUGCAUCUCCUAACGCUACCAAACCUCCUGGCGCAUGGACAGCAGAACAAACAGUAGAUUACAUGGUGAAGAAGGUGUUUGAGGAGGGAGACUUUUAUGUGGUCUGUCCCGAUAACGAGACCAGUACUUCGCUCGACAAAGCGAGGAUGCAGUGGAGUAUGGAGGAUGUGCUUCUCAAUCGUCCCGCCCUAUCUCGAUGGCAUCCCAGCUACAAAGCCCGAUUCGAAGACUUUAUCCAGCAAAAACAAGGGCUCAACGCUUCUCGAAGCAGGUCCCGCGGUCGUCGUCCCGAACUCCGCGACUUGUCCCAAGCCCCUUCUGUCUCCUCCAUUCCUUCAGAGGCAGAUCUGUUGGCUUUCAGGCGUGACUGA